AUGAUUGAUGCUGUCACUCGUGGUUGGCGUGAUAGUAAUGGCGCGUUGAUGUUUGGAUGGGAUUAUUUGAUGAAAAAAUUCAUUGCUAAUGAUGAAUCUCAUCCUGAAGAGAAAAGUUACCACAUGGACACUUUUGCAAAUUAUGAAGAUUUGAGAAUUGUAGUUGGACAUAUAACAACUGUUGGCACACACUCAAUUGCACUAGGGAUGAUACUGAUGCAAGAACAUUUUAUAGUGGAGAAAGAAGAGUUAGUGAAGGAUCCUAUAAAUUCAAAGGUUCUCCUAUCAAUUCGAAAACGAAGUAGAACCAAGUUUGAAGCAAAAUCUAGUAUGUUUGAUCCCAAAAGGACUCAAUCAGAUGUUAUAGACAAACUUGCUUGUACAGUUGAUAAGAUCACUCAAGCUAUUGAAUCAAUUGACACUAGACAGCAUAAUUGUUGGUACAUUAUAAAGGAGAUCCCAGACUUGGAUGAUAAUGAUCGUUUUAAGGUCCUUGAUUUGCUUAAUACUAAAGCAAAGAAGUCUGAGUUUUUGAACAUGACAUCAGAAGAACAUUAA